AUGCCCAUAUUCAAUCAACUUCCUAUUAGCACAGAAUCACACAAGAUUUCUCAAAUAACUGAUCAGUUGUAUCUGAGUGGUUUGGGUGGUGUAACUAAAGAGGAUAAUCUGAAAAAAUUGAACAUUAAAGUGGUAUUGAAUUUAGCAGUAGAACUAUCAUCGUUGAAAUAUAACAAUCAAGAUAUAACAGUGCGAUAUGUGUCUUUACAAGAUAACAGUAAAGAAAAUAUACUACCAUAUUUAUCAGAAUUAGUUGACUAUAUUCAUUUUGUUAUAACAAGGGGAGAUAAUAUUGUGGUCCACUGUGUUGGAGGUGUAAGUCGUUCAGCUACAGUUGUCAUAGCUUAUCUUAUUAAGAUACACUCCAUGUCGUUAAGAGAAGCUUAUAACUUUGUACAAACAAGACGGACAAUAAUCCGACCAAAUAUUUCAUUUUGGAGAAGUCUGAUUAGUUUUGAGGAAGACAUAAGAGGGGAGAGUACUGUGGAAUUGUUACCAUAUAUUACUGGAUUAGUUCCUGAUAUUUAUAAAGAAGAAACGGAACGAAGAAUUAAAAAUGGAUGGAUGGAUUAUAUUUUUUACAACUGGUUGCUACAUUUAUGUAUAUUGAUUAUACAAAUUCUAGCAUCUUCGUUUACAGUUACAAGUAAUUAUUAUUAA